CCACCAAAUGCGCGUACCGCAAAUCCUGUUUCAUGUUGAUGUUCUGGAGCGGGCUCAAACGGGCAGGGCUCACUAAACGUCUGCUCUCCAAGGCCAAAGUCCGCGGGGAGCAUGAAACCGAGUGUGAAGCUCAAGAGGAUUCAUCGUCACGUACGUUUCAUCACAGCACGAGCAGCAGCAGCAGCAACGCGAGCGGCGCCGUCGUUGCCGCCGCCGCCGGCUACGACAACAACAACAAAGUGACGACGACGACAACGACGACGACGACGACGAGGAGGAGGAGGACGACCACGGCGACGACAACGAGCGGCAGGGUAGCAGCGGCGGUGGACUACGCGGGGAGACGUGGCACCGCCUCCAGCAGACUGCAUCAGGGCUGCUGCGGCGGGGACACGAGUCAGGAUGACGACGAGCUGCAGCAGCUGGAUCACGGCCGGCUGCUGAGGUGCAAGGAACUCCUCAAGUCGCUCAAAGAGAAUCAGCUGGAGAUGUUGCUAGCCGCCGUCGAGAGCUACGGCGCCGACCUGGGCUCGUGCGUCCUCGUGGAGCGUGCUCGGCACCGAUCGGAUCAGUACCCGUCGUACUGCGAUCAACAGCACGAGCACCAGCAGCAGCAGCAGCAGCAGCAACAGUAUCACGGCAGCAACAGCAACAGCAGCGGCAGCAGGCCGCAUCGUCAUCGUCACUUUCAUCAGCGCCGCUAUCGUCACUAUCGUCAUCAUCGCUCCACCAGGCACCAUCGCUCGUCCUCGGUCGAGGACGACCAGGAGAGCUGUUGCUCCGCGUCCGAGGACUCCUCGUCCGCUUCGUCGCCGAUGAGGAGGUCGGCGGUCGAGAGGGGCGCCGGCGAUCCGCAUCUGCUCUGCUGCCAGAUCUGGCGGUGGCCCGAUCUCGAGCAUUCCUCGGAGCUCAAGAGACUACCCAUGUGUCAUUCCGCUAAAGAUCCCGUAUACAUAUGCUGCAACCCUUACCACUGGAGCCGGCUCUGCAGAUCCGAGUCGCCACCACCCCCGUAUUGCCUUAUCGCCGACAGACUGAGACCCGAAGAUCGCGCGCCCAGCGAAGGGGAUCAACGUCGGUGCAGAAACAGCACGCCCCUGCCACUUCCCGGCUCGCUUACCACCAACGGAGAAGGUGAGACGGCACAGAGGGAAUGGUGUACCCUUGCGUACUGGGAGUUGGGCGGUCGAGUCGGUCGUCUGUAUCCCGUGGAACCAUCGACGGUGAAUGUCUUUGAUUCUCUUCACGACGGCGACGGCCUCUGCCUGGCGACUCUGGCCGAGAAUCACAUUGCGCCGCCCGCGGUCCAGCGUACACGCAGCAAAAUCGGCCUCGGACUAACGCUCAGCCAGGAAGCGGACGGUGUAUGGGCGUACAAUCGGUCGGAGAGCCCGAUCUUCGUCAACUCGCCCACCCUGGACGACCCGGAAUCGAGAACGCUGCUGGUCUACCGGGUCCCGCCGGGUUUCUGCAUCAACAUCUUCGACCGCGCCAAGAUUCUGCAGCUUCCAUACGGCGGCGGCGGCGGUCAGGCCACCGGCUUCACCGCCUCCGGCCCCGUCGACAUUAACUCCGUCCGCAUCAGCUUCGCCAAGGGCUGGGGACCCAAGUAUUCGCGGCAGGAAGUUACUUCCUGCCCGUGCUGGCUCGAGGUGCUCCUGGCGCCGUGCAGGUGAUCAUCCCCAUGGCUGGCCGGGCCGAAGAGUAACGUCAAAUCUCGUCCUCAACUCGCGCCUUCUCCUUGCUGUCAGCGUCAUCGUUACCGCUGUCGCUGUUCUCGGGGAGGAUCGGUGAUAAUGAUGCGGCGAUCGUGGCCUUUAGCUCCGUCCUAGCGAGAGCGCUGUGUUAAUGAAUAAAUAAAUAAAAGGAACACGUAUGUGUGCGCCCGGGGCGAUUCCCAGCGGCGCGUGUCGAGAUCGCCCCAUACAACCCCCAGCAGUCUUACCAAAGUACACGCCGUCAAAGUAAUACGUUUAGGAACAACGAUGACCGUUUCCGUUUUCGUCGAUAGAACGAGAGACGGAAAUGAACGGAGAUCGCGAGCGUGUUCAUCGAGCGCGUACGAACGGAGAGAUUCACAUCGAGACUUGCACGAAUGGACUUUGAAACCUUUACGAUGCGUGCGUUUGAUUCGCAGUGUUCUCCCCUCUUUUUUUUUUAAUUUUAGUUUUUAAUUAUUUAGACGUCGAUGCUAUUCUUGAGAUUCGUGUGAGAAUUUCUGACAAAGGAAGCGGAGAGAGUCGGGCUUCCGGUAAGUCUAGUCACUUGCGUUUAUGAUCUACGCGCGCCGACUCGUAAAUUCGCGCGUGUUGACAUUGAAUUCAACAGACAGGGAAAAUUCUUAUUGUAAGUCUCGUAAAGAUGAAGCACAAAGCGAAGAGUAACAUCGACGAAAAAGAUAGUUACGAUUGUUCUUUGAAAAAGAUUUUUCGAAUAAUUUUUUUUUAUUUUGUCAGUCGUUCGAAAAAGUUCAGAGAACAGUAGGGAUUUAAUCUUUUGCAGAGCACUUGUUUUUCACUGCUUAGCUUAGAUUCUGGAUCAUUGAUAAACAGUUAUGAUUUUUAAAGAGUUUUUGAGCUCUAAAAACUUGAAAAAAUUCUAGUUAACAUUUACACAACUGUAGAGUGAUCCGAAACUUUUUUUGUAUAUAUUUAAGAUAAAAUUGGCAAAAUGGAAAAAAUCGUCUGAGUCAAUAUGACCCAGAUUAGAUCUGCAGAUGAUUAAUGAUGGAUAAUUCAAAGGUAAUUGACACGAUAUACGUAGUGCAGAAAUUACUUGCAAAAUUCUGAACACCCAGCUGUUUCUCAAUAAUUAUCAAUAAAUUAUUAAUAAAUUUUAAACAGACGUUAUCGUGAACUUUUCCACACACUUAUUACAUUUGGUAGAACUUAUGUUAUUGACGAGAAAGAUAACUAUAUAAAAACUUUAUAAAAAUGAUCAUGGGAGUAUAUUUAAAUUAAUUGUGCAAUUUUCUUUGCAAGUUUGAUGCAGUUAUAAACUUUUUAGGAUAUUAUUUUAAGAGUGUUAAUAUUCUUAUAUAAUGUGUAUUUAUUGUAUAUAUUUAAAAUUCUUAUUUUAUAUUUUUGCUCAUGGCAAAACGUAUUUAAAUCAAGAGUUUGUACAGAACAAACAAAAAUAAUGUAACAUAGUGAUAUAAUAUUAACUGAUCAAGUUUCAUUUAGAAAUUGAUUUUUAUUAAAUAAGAGUCUUAUUGAUUUGAUAAUUGGAUUAAAUUUUUUAUUUAUUUAUUUCAAUUUGAUCGUGUGCUCGCUGCAGUAGCAUAAGUUCUAUUGGCAGAUUCUACAUCGCGAGGGGACAGUAUUGAAUCGAAUAACCGCGCAAUCGCUCAAAAAUCGAAAGCGAUUGACAUGCCACGAGUCCCAGGUGUGUGUUAUCUCCGAUCGUCGUUCGGUGCUGUACAUACGUAUAGUACAUGUACAUACACUGUGCCUUCCCAGCUUCCCUCCUUAGUGCAGCGCGUACUCUCGGGAAACAAAAGUGCGCCACGUGCCAAGCUCGUUUCGCACGAAAAAAAGAAAAAAAAGAUGCCUCCUCAUUCGGGGCUUUGUACUACAGUAAUACAAUGUACUGUGAUAAGAAUUCGACGCGAGUCUUUUCUUUCUUCCUUUUUUUACGAUUGCGAAGCAAGCGAGACAACAGAGAGAGAGAGAGAGAAAGAGAGAAACAAAACGAGAUACGUUCGCGUAUAACGGUUUAAUUAACGGAGAAGAGUUUGCACAUCGGAAACGAGGAACGGGUCUCAUUGGUUUUGCGAGAAUUAUCUCUCAGCCGUACUAUAGUCGUUUCUAUUUCUUAAAAUGAAUAUCCGACCCAAUAUAUGAAGGGUCCAGUACCAGCUGAUAAGUAGAUUGCAAGAUCACUAGCCUUCUUGAGAACGGAAAGCUUCUUUGGCAGAUCAAAACGUUUUGACCGAGAUGAAAGAUGGCUUCUGUGUUGUUUCUUUUUAUCUUCUUCCUGAUCGUAUGCACGUCUUCAGUUUCCGAUGCGCAGAAACUUUCCUCGAAGAGGAUUGUACACAUGAUGCGUAUAUGCGAAUAUGUUUUUUUUUUUUACAUACUCUGUAGAUAUACGAAUGAGAACUCGAGAGAAGGAAAGAGCGUACACGGUGUUCAGAACAAUGUGUUUAAGUGCAUACAUUGUAAAAUGUGUACCAGUCAUAAGUAUUCGUUCACGCGAGUACACGUUACACAUACAUACACGCGUACAUAACAUACAUAUACAUAUACACAUACACAUACACGUACAAAUACAUAUACGACUGAUUGACCUGUAAGUUUUUUCGACCAUUAGUUUACUUUCGUACUACCGCUUUUAUCGGACGUAAAAGUGGCCGUUACUUUGUAAUAACGAUUGAACGGAUUGAGAGCUACAAGAAACGAUAUAUUGUGAUGCGUAUACGCUGCUUAAAUGUUAUAUAUUAAUAUGUAUACAGAGAUGUAUACAAAAAAAUGUUUAUAGGUAGCUAACUGUAGCGUGAGGAGAGAAAGAAAAAUUGUGUGUCUCUGUGUGUGUGUGUAUGUAUGUGUGUGUGUGUGUGUGUGUGUGUGUGUGAGAAAGAAAGCGAACGACAGUCGCGUUGGAUCAUCGGCGAAAAUAAUUGUAACGAGAAAACGUCCGCCGGCAGAUUGUUCACUUUGGACGACUUCGAUUUGCUUUUUGUAGUCCCUUUUUCCGCUGUUCUCCAACACGGUGGUCCAUCUAUUUGCCUCUCGUGCCACAAUUAAGAACGCGCGCACCGCCUUGGAGCGCGUUUGAAACUGCGUUACGUGCCUCUGUAAGUCGCGCUGUAAGACGGCAUUUGAUGACAAUUUACGAGACACGCUGUCCGUAUUCCCGAGGGAAUUCUUGAUUGCAAGUAAUUUAAACUGUCCCGCGUUAUCAUCUCGAGCUCGAGGUACUGAUAUUUGUCAACGACGUUCACAUUCUUCUACAUUCGUACCUCUGAUAACGUUAGAUUUGCAAUAAUUUGAAAAGACAAAUUAUAAAUAUAAGAACAAUUUAAAAAUGAAAGAAUUAAUUUUUGAGAACUAUAAUGCGAUUCUGAGGUUUAACGAUAACGAAUGUAAUUCGUGUAUAUUUGCAGAUCAGUCGUGGGGUAUUAUAAUAGGCGUACGCAUGCGAAACACGUAAUGAUUCAUAUUUGUACCUCUUUGUGCUCGUUUUAUCGCGUUCAAGCAUCCAAAAGAGAGCCGUCGCGGCCGUCGUUAUGCGUUAGAAGCAAAAAGAACUUACUACGGAGGCGUACUCUAAAAUUAAUGGUAGGACAGUCCUACGACAUAAAUACCGCUGCGGAGACUUCUUCUCCCCUUCGUUACAAUAAAUGUAAGAACGAUUUCUCCUCCGUCUCGGGAAUUUCAAGAGAGAAACAAUCGCGAAAAUACAAAAAAAAGUCAUGUAAAUCUUUCCUUAAAAAAAAAAAAACGCGGAACUCUUUGAAGGAGAAAAGGUACAUCUACGCUCACAGAAAGCAAACUUGCAAUAAUAAAUUUAUAUAACUAGUUACCGGAAAAAAAGUAAGAGUAUCACGUUUACUUCGUGAUAUUCUUUUUUUUCGUCAAAUCUUUUAUAUCUCUCGUGUAAAUUAAAAUUUUGCAAAGUUUUGUUUCAGUGUCUGAUUAUUAUACAUGAUAGACGGCUGUCGUUACAAUUAUGUUUACUGUAUUGUUAUCAAUCUCGCCGACAUUCUUCAUACUGCUCUGCCUUUCAUCUUUUUCGGAAUGUCCAUAGAUACAAAAGUGUUACUUGUAAAUUGUAUCUGUACAUAUAAUAUAAAGAAUGGAGAAAUCUCCUUGGGAUUUCUCGAUGAUUUUUGCUGAAUUUUUAUAAUGUUGUAAAGUUUAUCGAAAGCACGAGAUCUAUACUCUGAUCUAAGUGGAAAAAAGGAAGCUCAGAUGUGAAUAAUGUAAUAUACGUCCUUGAUGAAGAUUUUUUUCAAAUAAGAAAGACUAAAUACAUCUGUUGUGUACAUUCGUAAAUUGCGUGGAACGUUUUUGCAUUUCGACUAAAACAGAAUCAUCUAAUGCAUGGAUUGUCUUUCUUCACUCUACCUCUUUGUUUUGCAUUCUUUUUCUUUACGCAUCCCUCGCGCUUCGUCAUUUCGUUCUUGUUUUACAGUCUGCCUUUUUCAGCUUUCAUCUACUUCGUUUUGGCACUCGUGACUUUUACUUUCUCAAUUUUCAUGGUCAACAGCGAACGUUUUCGUCUGCAAAUUCAUCUACGAUACGUUCUGUCAUUUUCAAAAAAUAUAUUUUUUACUAACACUUUUUUUAGGGUAUUUUUCAUUCGAUAUUUUCUCAAUGUAAAAGUUAAUCUGUAUCUAAUACGGAUUAAUUUACUAUUGCCUUUGUUAUCUCGUGAUGAGGGAGAUUGUUAUGUCGGCAAAUGACUGUUUAUCUGAAGCGCGUCAAACAAGACUGAGCUUUUCGUUUAAGAAUAAUUUAUUCUUACGCCUAUUCCCUUUGAGAUUUAUCUCAAACGGAAGGAUUGGCUUUCGCCAAUAAAAGAGCCGGCCACUUGUUCGACGAGUUACCGUUUCUCUCGGGCGACGCGACGUGCCAUUAUCCAAUAGUAGUAAUAACGAGAGAGUAAUAACACUAAUGUUAACGAACGACAAUUAGAGCCGUUUUCUAACUGUCUACUAACUCAUAACUGCUAUCGGCCAACCGACCACUCCACGUGUCUGUGGGCUAGGUUCAAAUAAUCUUUAAACCAUGGACAUGCAAUAUAUACGAAAGUUCCUCGUUAGCGAGAUUAGAUGCCUUCAAGUCUCUCGCUUGAUUGAUGAUUUAUCAUCGCGAUCAGAGUUCGAUAAAAAAAUUCUUCGCGCCGAGAGUAAAGAAAAAAAAAACAAAUACGUGACAAUAAAACAGAAAGGGAUUGCCGAGAGAUCAGUUUUGUUUUUCGUGGGGGAAUAUUCGGGGACGGAGGCAGAACGAAUAAACGAUGAGCCAAAGGUAAAAUUGCACAUACGAACGAAUGAAGGCAGCUGAUUUCCCUAUAAGGAUCCUACGUCUGUGAAAUAUAGUGCCUUUAUAUAGCCGUUCACUGUUACAUUUAAUUAGUGUUUAGAACGAGGGAGACAAUUAGCGGUUAUCACGCGUAUCGGUAAAUACUACUGUUAUGGAUAAGUAUUGUAAUGCGCUUCAUCGGCAUCGGUACGGUAUUACUGCCGGUAUUACUUGUCUUCGAAAACAGGAAAGAGGAAACAGUAAGAGCAAGUCCUCUGCUCGUACGUAUCUUUCCUCCUCCCAAACUUGUUGAUCCUCUUUCUUUCUUUUUCUCCUUUCUCUUCAUCCUAAAUCGAUAUACACCGGACGGACUGAACUUUGAUUUAAAAAAAAAAAAAAGAGAGAAAAGAUUUCGGCGUAUUUAGACAAAUUUCUGCCGUGCUCUACAUUCUAAGGAUACACUUUACGUCCGUUAGAAUGUAUAAUGAAUAAACAAAUAGUGCCUUAUCAUGAGAUACUGUGCUUUUCGAAAGUUCAAAUAGUCGGGGAAUAGGGGCAUGCGCUUCAUAAUACAAACGACUUAGAUUUUUUCCUGAUCGCGAGUACGCGCGCCUCAAAUCUCGCAAAACUGAUAAAAGGGAAUUUAUUCUUUGCUGUCACACACAGAAGACUUAUCGAUGUCGAUCGUUUCUUGGCGCUUUGAAGACCGAUCGAUUUCCGCCGGAAAUUGAUAUCGCAAGCUCAUCGGCGAAUUUAAAAACUCAACAAGGAAAGAAUAAUCUAAUAAUAAAUAUUUCUAGUCUCUUGCGUUCGAUGAAGAAAAAUUCUCAAAAAAUUAUUCAACGAAAUUUUGAAAGUAUAUACUGGUUUGAAUAUAAAAAUAACGACCAUUGGAGGAAAAUCUUGAAAUAUUAUUCACACAUUACUUUAUUCUUUGUAAUAUAAUUUUGUUAAUUGUUUUGCAGUUUUUCGAAAUUUGUCGAUGUAAGUACAACAAUGAUACCGUUGCACGACGAUAAUUUUUUAAAUAUUAUUUCCGACUUAAAAUUGAAGCAUGAUGAGCGGAGAUUGUUGUUUUCGCUUUAAUAUUCACCGAUAAUGUUAACGUGCUGAAAGAGCUUUCGAUCGGACACCGCGAUUCGAAUCACGCGCAAUAAAAUAUACGCAACAAAAGAGUAUAUACAUAUAUAAUUAGUGCGGAGGGAGUGCACAACGAAAAAAUCGAAAUAAAACAAACGCUGCUGUAUAUAUUGUACAUAAGGUGUGUACGCACGUGCGCGCAUACGCAUAUAUGCUAUACAUACUAUGUAUAUAUUAUGUAUUACGUCGUUGUCGGCGACGAUAAUAGUAAUAACGAAUGGUAGUAACGAGUAAUAAUAAAGAAAGCACGUACCGAGAGUAAGUGCGAAUAGCGUAACGAAAUAACGAUAUUAUUAGAUAACUCCCGAGAACUCACAAUAUUAUUUUCAAUAUCAUUAUAUUCGAUUCCGAAACGAGGAGGUAACAUGCUUACCGAGCGAACGUGAUCGUGUAUCGAAGAUCAAGAAAGUUCUCUCCACUCAUUUUUACGAAAAAGAAAUAAAACAAAUAUACGAAAUUGC